CAUUACCAGAUAAUUAUAGUGGAGCUAGACUUGAAAAGUCAUUACAAGACAAUGUAAUAGACCUUAAGAAAGAAUUAUAUAUCGCCCUUCAAGAUUCUUCUGAGAUAGUCUCAUAUAAUGCUAAAUUGCAGGAUAGAUAUGAAAAACAAGAAAAAAAAAUUAAUUGA